UGAUGGAUGUUUGUGUGUGUGUGUCCCUAUGCACCUGUGUGUGACUUUAGCUUGUCCUUCUGUGUGUUUCAGGUCCUGCUAUGGUGAGGGCUGUCAGCGAUGACUGAUGUCGAGGCGACCCUUGAGGACUUCAUCGCCUCUCGACGGUCCGGGCGCAGGAACGCCGUCCAUGAUAUCCCAGCAGGCCCUGGAGAGCAGGGAGCCAGCGACCUGUCAGAGAGACUGGCACAACUCAACGUCAACAAACCAGGCGAAGGAGGAGACGCUGAGAAAAGCCAGGACUCUCCCGAUAAAGAGGAGGAGUGCCAAGGGGAAGGCGACUGAAUUUUGGACUCACACUCACUGUGGUCUGCCUGAUUCCUGAAUGCUCCGCCUCUGACUGGCCCAGUGACUGUAAAGACACAAGGCUGUCACCAUCCUAACAUCAGGACGACAUCACCGUGGCACCCACAAUUCUGCGUCCCUCCUGCACUCCAGUAUGUUCCCAUUUCCUUAAAAGCCUUCUUUCCUCACUGCCUUUAUUUGGGGUUUGUUGAAACAGGAUCAGAUGUGAUGCACAGGUGGACACACCAUGAUGUGGACAACCAGAGGCGGCCCUGUUUGUCUGCGAGCAGCUCGGAGGAGGACGGAGAGGAGGGAACCGAGGCCGUUCAAGGCUUUGGGAGCAGGAUCAAGGGUUUCAGAUGAAUUUGAGUUUUGUCUUGCCUCGAAUCAAUCCCCACAGGUAAGACUAAAACGCUUCCAGGGAUCCCGGGACAGUGACUGGACAGCUACUCGUCCUCUGCUCUUAUCGCAUCAACACCCGCACCCAUGUACUUUCCUCAUCAAUGCUCAGUGCUGACUUGACAAUCUCCCUCAAUGGUUUUUGGGGUUCGAGCUCCAUCCGUGUCCUGAAUUUGUGAACGUUUUCUGAGAUAUUUUGGCUUCACUUCUGGAUAAGACAUUACAAGGAGGAUUUGAAGAUGCCUUGUCCAUCUUUAUAUAAACUCCAUGGUUUAAACAUGUCAUAGGUCAAAUAUCACACACUAAUGUUGUUGCCUGGCCAGGAAUAUCAUGUUUUCGCCCCUCUCCGUUUUUAGUUUGUUGGAAAACAAAAAACGCCUGAUCAGAUUUACUGAGAAAUCUGGAAGGAUGGGACAUGGGCAAAGUAAGAACUCAUACUUUAUCCUUAACAAUGCCAGAUAGUUUUUUUUUUGUUGUCACUUUCACAAGUUUCCAGAAAUAAAACUCUGUAUCCAGCUGAUUUAAAUGUGGUUUCAUAAGGGGACUGUUGGGCCUCGGUGGAGGUGAGCGCUCUACUGAGUGCCGUUGUCUGAUUGGUCUGAAGGUACACAGGAACAUAAGACAUGUUAUUAACCUGCUCUUUCACUGUCAUGGUGGUGAAUUGCCAUCAAGUUGUGCUCUGUUUCUCCAGCUGUCUGCUCUGCUCUUACACACUGACUCCACAAUCCUCACUACCCAUUCUUGUGUCCACCACCAGGCUUCAAGUGCGCAGCAAGUGUCUGCUUCUUUUAGGGAUUUGCCAAAAACUGAUCAUCUCUGCUGUCGCGACUGAUUUUUUCAAUAUAUUCAAAACACUGUAAAGGUUUUUUUCUCAAAUUUUCUUUUUUUAAUGAUGAUUUUCCUAUGAUUCACAUGAUGAACAUUUUGUACGAAGUAAGCAGUUAACAUCUAUUUCUUUAAAUCUCAUUUUUCAGAUGCUUGGGAAUAACGAGUAAUUUUGGGUAGUGACUAUGUCCAGACAUAUUUAAUCAUCCCUCUCAGUGUCUUUUUUUUUAAAUUUUAAAAGCUAUAAAGAUCCUUUAUUACUCACAAAAAGUGUCAUCCUUAUAAUUCUGUGUCCUGGUUAACAAUGAUUAGUUUAUGAUGUAUGAUAUGACAAUUUAAUUUAUUUAAAAAUGACAAUACUGACUGCACUGAAGUACACAUGUGUGUUUUGUAUAAUUCUUACUAUUUAUAAUAGAUCUGUAUGUGUGUAUAAAUGUGUCAUAUAUAGUGGAUUAAAGGGUUUCUGUUAUAUUUGGAUUGUACAAAGAGCAGAUCGUAGACAAGGCACCACCCCUCAACACUUUAAUAUUCUGUAUUAUUAGAUUCUAUAAUAUUUUUUGAAAUAUUAUUUAUUUGGAAUUUAAUGAAUAAAUAUGAAUUGAAACGACAUUAACGUUGGCUCGACAGGUCAAGACUAAUUUGUGCAUUGAGUCAGGUUCAGUAGAUGUAGCGGAGACCUCCACAAUCAUGUUGUCAUCUUAUUGUUACAUUGUUAUUCACGAGUCAUGUUUUUGUGUUGUUGAUGACUUCACUGUACAAAUUGCUAAAUUACGACUUUCUUUUCACUUUUCU